AUGCACAAUGUCAAGCGGACUGUCUUGACCGCCUUUGGUGAGAAAAAGAGAUGUUUGGACGCUGCGCAAAAUACUAGGAUUCCCCAGGCUUUACGAGAAUUCGUGCCAAGUGAAUAUUCUACAGACAUUGUGAAAGCUUCUCAACAGCAGUCACAGCACACGCUAGUUGCCGACAGCGUCAUUGAGAAGUUCACCGCUCUCAGCGAGCAGAGCUAUACCGUGACCACUCUGUUUUGUCUGUUUCAAGGCAAGCGCAUCGUCAACUCUUUCGAGUUUUUGAACAUGCAGGGUGCAAGUGAGCUGGGCUCCACCAAGGCUACAGAGGCUGCCAAUCUCAUCUCAUCAUACUUCAAGGCUCUGUCCGCCAACCCGAAGUCUGCAUCAACCCCAAACAACCCUUUUGUUCUAGGCUAUGGCCUUACACAGAAGCUUGAGGAAAUCCCUGCCAAGGAUAGGAAGCAGGCGGAGAACGUUCCCUACUUUAUUCCCAGACAGUUCGACCUGACUGUGACGAAAGGAGACGGAGAAUACUCCAAUGGUGUCAUCAACUACUGUCUCCUUACACACAGGCCUGAUGAGGACCCCAACAGAUCAGUUGGCGAGGGCCUCAGGUCCAUCGACUACGAGAAAGACGUCGGCGCCGGCUUCUGGGACGCUGGAAACACACCCUACAAGCGCAUCAGGGCAGAUGGCAAGGCAAGCGGGGCCGAUGGAGUUAUGACUUUCUCACGUGAGAUCUUCAGAGAUUACUGGCUUUCGGAGAACUUUCUCUCCUACUUUAAAGUCAAUAUGGAUGCUUUGGGUAGAGACCUGGUCCCUCAAGACGAUAAUGUUGCCAGCGCGCAGCCCACGGCAACAUAUAACGAAUACAUCUCCAAGGGGUAUCAGGACCAAGUCAAUAAGCUCUGUCUGACACAGGAGUAUAAGUUUCAGCCCAUGACCUGUCAAGACAUGGACACGGAUAAGAUGAAAGAAUCGGAAGAUUUGUCUGCUUUCCUGAGUUUGGUGCUCAUAGCUUCAAAAAAGAUCAAUCUGGAGCUCAAGUAUCUCCAGCGACGCCAAGCCCAAGGCUUCGCCGAGGCGAUAUUGACAUACACCAGCGAUGUGCAAAAGAACCCCAAUCUUGGCAAGUCGGCCGAUACGAACCGCAAGAUCUACUUCGAUGUCGCCAUGCGCUCGCUGUUGUCAAUCACGCAAGAGGCCUCUGGUAUCUGCAAUAUCAAUCGCCUGUUCGAGGACAAAAAACGAGUGGCAAUGUGGACGCUCACCGCUGGAAUCGGACUCGCCGCCGAAAUGAUAGCUAACCCACAGUGGUUCAUCGACAUUUUUACUCAAUGGCGCGCUGCUCGACGGGCUAACAUCCAGAUCGUCACCAAGGUAGGCUUUGACAUGUCUCCUGCCGGCGACACGUGGUCACUCGCUCUUGAAAAGGACAAGAGCAGAACGACGGUCCCCAUCGGUUCCGAGGAGCUGCCAAAGCAGGUCAAUCCUCCAGUUUCCUUCACCACCCUAGAGAAUAUCAUUGGAGAGCAGAAGAUGACGGACCUGAGCAAGCGUAUGAAGGGAGAUGGUGUCAUCAUUGACCUGGAGAACCACGACAUGUUCAAGGAGUUUGGAACCUCGAAGGGGAUGGACCGCUUCGCCAAGCCUGCCAACCAGUGGGCUUCGAACUUCGAGUCUCGUAUGGAGUCAAACAUGGCUGCGCUUGCGAGCUCUUUGAUGACCAAGUUGAUCCUGCCGGCUGGCAAUGUGUUUGAGUUCAAAUCACUAAACACGGAUGAUGAGGGCCAUGUUUAUAGCUUGAUUUCCUACAAGACACCUACCGAUGUCUCGAAGCUAUAG